AUGGGUCGUCUUGUUGUUGCGAGUCUCCUUGUUGUUGUGCGUCUUCUUGUUGUAGUUAUGGGUCUUCUUGUUGUUGCGAGUCUCCUUGUUGUUGUGCGUCUCCUUGUUGUUGUGCGUCUUCUUGUUGUAGUUAUGGGUCUUCUUGUUGUUGUGCGUCUUCUUGUUGUAGUUAUGGGUCUUCUUGUUGUUGCAAGUCUCCUUGUUGUUGUGCGUCUUCUUGUUGUAGUUAUGGGUCGUCUUGUUGUUGUGCGUCUUCUUGUUGUAGUUAUGGGUCUUCUUGUAGUUGUUCGUCUUCUUGUUGUAGUUCGUCUCCUUGUUGUAGUUAGGGGUCUCCUUCUUGUAGUUGUUCGUCUCCUUGUAGUAGUGCGUCUUCUGGUUGCAGUUGUGGGUCUUCUUGUCGUAGUUAUGGGUCUCCUUCUUGUAGUUGUUCGUCUUCUUAUUGUAGUUAUGGGUCUUCUUCUUGUAGUUGUUCGUAUUCUUAUUGUAGUUAGGGGUCUUCUUGUUGUGAUUAAGAGGCCCUUUGUUAUAGUUGUUCGUCUUCUUGUUAUAGUUAUGAGUCUCUUGGUUGUGACUGUUGGUGUUGGUGCUGAUAUUGGUGUUCUUAGUGUUGGUAUUAUUGAUGUUGCUAUAGUGCUUAUUGCUUGUGUUGUUGAUGCUGUUGUAUUUGUUGUUAUCGUUGUUGUUGUGUUUUGGGAUACAAUCACGAUCCCAUUUUCACUACGAUUGUGUAAUUCAAUACCCAAACCUAAACCUAGUGCUAAACCUAUGAAAAUUAGAGAAACAACAAUACCAACGCCUAUUACGAGUCCCAAUGGUUCCCAUGGGCUCCAUGUUUUUCUUCCAAGGCCAGAUUUAUAUUGUUUCAUAUCGUAA